UUCGAGGGGAGCUAUUUGUCUGUAGCAGUAAGUAAAUAUAGUAGACAACUCGCCUUCCUCAGUAUUACUCCUUUCUGGAACCCAAUCAUAGAGUUGCAGAUCAAGCCCCUGACUGCAUCUCUCUCCACAUUAUAUACCUCCUCAUCUCUCUGAUUCUAUCAUCUACAAUGACAUUACUCCAUCAUUUCCUCGCAUUCUCAUUCCUGCUCUCGCACUCUCUCCUCAUCACAUCAGCUCACCAUCUCACACACAACUACUACGACAAAACCUGCCCCCGAUUCCACCAAAUCAUCCAGGAAACCACCACAAACAAGCAAAUCUACUCUCCCACCACCGCCGCCGCCUCUCUCCGCCUCUUCUUCCACGACUGCCUCAUCCAAGGCUGCGACGCCUCCAUCCUCAUCUCCUCCACUCCCUUCUCCAAGGCCGAACGCGACGCCGACAUCAACCUCUCCCUCCCUGGCGACGCUUUCGACCUCGUUGUGCGCGCCAAGACAGCCCUGGAGCUCUCCUGUCCCGGCAUUGUCUCCUGCGCCGACAUCCUCGCUGUCGCGACUCGGAACCUCGUAUCCAUGAUGGGCGGUCCUUACUACAACGUCCUUCUCGGGCGCCGAGAUGGACUGGUCUCUCAAGCCUCGCGUGUCGGCGACAAUCUCCCAAAGGCCGCGAUGUCUGUGAGUAAACUCAUCAAAUUGUUUGCGGCUGUCGGGUUCAGCACGCAGGAGAUGGUUGCGUUAACAGGGGCUCAUACCAUAGGAUUCUCGCAUUGCAAAGAGUUCAGCUCGGAUAUUUAUCAUUAUAGUAAAUCUGAGCAGUCUGAUCCGUCUAUAAAUCCCAGGCUCGCAGCAGGGCUGAAGAAUGCCUGUGCAAAUUUUACGAAGAAUCCGACACUGGCGCUGUUUAAUGAUAUCAUGAGUCCGAAUCAGUUUGAUAAUAUGUAUUACAAGAACUUGCCGAGGGGACUGGGGAUAUUGAAAUCGGAUCGUGCGUUGGUUUCGGAUCCGAGAACGAGGCCUUUCGUCGAAUUGUAUGCGAAGGAUGAGAGAGUGUUUUUCAAGGCAUUUCGCAAGGCAAUGGAGAAGCUGAGUGUGUAUGGUGUGAAGAAUGGACGGAGGGGUGAGAUUAGACGCAGAUGUGAUGCAUUUAACUCUUAAUUAUGUUAUGUUUCUGUUAAUCUCUACUUCUCUUUUUUGAUCCAGGAGAUGAUCUGUUAUGUAUCCUAAUGGAUUGAUUGAUUUUAAUUUA